ACACAUUUUUCCUUUGAGGAUGAUCCAUUUAUAUUUCCAGAACAAGCAUUUCAAGUAUACUACUCGAAGUGCUUGAGGCAUUCGGGGUGGAGUGUUGUAUGUCGAUGGAGGCCCAGGGAUACUUACGAUGUCCCACAGUUCAUAGAUUCAGAGGUCGUCGAGGUCAACGAUGACGAAGAAUUUGAGCAGGGAGGGGUUGUAUGUCAAGAUAAAUCUCCUGAAUAUGAUAAAAUUUCAUGGGUUAGGAAUGAUUUGAAUAGUGAAAUACUUGUAGAUAUUCCUACAACUUCUAGGGAAUCUGUAGAACCUAACAUUUCUGUAAAGCGAAAAAGGUAACCUUUAUCAAAAGCAUGUUGUUUAAAAUUAUAUAUUCAACUUGAUAAAUAUGUCUAUUUCACAUAUAUCUUAUAUGAAAUGUAAAAUUCUUUAUAGGGCUUGACGAAUAUGUCUGGAGUUCCAUCACGGAGCAAAUCGCGUAGACUACUACAGCGCGGAGACCUGCAGCGUCAGGUGAGAGAGCGUAGGAGAGAACUUGAAUCUGCUGUAGAUACACAGCGCGAAGACCGGCAGCGUCAGGUGAGAGAGCCUAGGAGAGAACUUGAAUCUGCUCAUGUUGCUACCGCCAUACCUAGCAUUGGGGAGUCUACUCCAGUUAGAGAUAUAGACGCAAAUCAACAAACACCUACACAAGAAAAUGAUUUACAGACAACUCCCCCUUCACACUCCAUACCUUCUGGACAAUCGUCAGGUCAGUAUCUUCUUCAUUAUCUUUUGGUGAUUAAUGUGCUUUUUGCUAAGAAAUGCUUACAUAAUGCUUCUAUCUCUUACAUAAUUUUGAAAGACUUCUUUACAAGUUCACGUAAUAUUAGCAUCCCAAUUUUGUCAUGUAAUCAUCUUACCCACACAUGUGCACCGGUUAAAAAUUUUGUCAUGGGGCGAUACACUGCUGUGUAUCUGCAGCAGAUACACACUGCAGAUACACAGCAGUGUGUAUCUGCUGUGUAUCUGCAGAUACACUGCUGUGUAUCUGCAGCAGAUACACACUGCUGUGUAUCUGCAGCAGAUACAGUCACAUAUAUGCAAUUUGAUUUUAUUUCUGUAUCAUACCUUUAG